AAUUUUGAAUGGAAUGAUAAAAUUGAAGUAUUAUUCAGUAUUAUUAAUGGUCUUAAAGAAAUUCAUCAAAAUCAGAUGGUUCAUCAUGAUUUUCAUCCAGGGAAUAUAUUGUUUAAGGAUAAUGUAUCUACUUAUGUAUAUAGUAUAAGUGGUAUAUGUAUUUCGGAUAUGGGUUUGUGUGGAGAAGUUGGUAGUAUGAGUAAUGAAUCAAAAUUAUUUGGAGUUAUGCCUUACAUGGCUCCUGAAGUAUUAAGAGGUGAGCCUUAUACUCAAGCAGCUGACAUAUAUAGCUUUGGUAUGAUCAUGUAUUUUAUAGCAACUGGAAGACAACCUUUCUCAAAUUGUGUAC